CUUUGGAGCAAGGCUGUGUUCAAGCCAUGCUGUUACCUCUCUGUGUUUGUUAGGAUCUAGGGUAUACGUUUUCCUUAAGACGAUACGCUUUGCUUUUACCUAACGUGGAUCCGAAUUAAAAACUCUUUAGUUACAACAGUUCUAUUCCCUUCGCACAAAUAAUCCAAUGUUCUCAAGAGCGCAGCUCCCAGCACGCUCGCCCCACCGGCACAGUCCGGCUCCAGCUAGGACGCAUAGCUUCAAACCAUUUACAGCUAUCAGACCACCUAUUCAACAUUACAGGCGGCAAUUGCUGCAGGCUUCGGGCCCUGCGCCCCUAGUAUACGUGGAGGGCUACAAGGAGGUCGAGGAGGUUGCCGGUGCGCGCCUUGUCGUCGAUUCUGACACACCGCGUGUCGAAUACCUCAUUAAAUGGAAGGACGGAUCGGAGGACACAUGGGAGGUGGGUGCGGACCUGUCGGAGGACCUGGUGCGGGACUUUGAGGAGAAGUGGUGGGCGGCGGCCAGGAAGGCCGACCUGGACACCAUGAUCCACAUGCUGGGUGGGGCGCGGGAGCUGCUGGCCAACGCAGUGGAUGAGAACGGCAGGAGUGCGCUCCACUUCGCCGCUGCACUGGGCAACGCGGACUGCUGCCGGCUGCUGCUGGAGGCGGGGGCGGACGUGGACCUGCAGGACAAGGAGGGCUUCACGCCCCUCCACAUGGCCGCCGGCUACAUGCACACCUCGAGCUGCGCGGUGCUGCUGGAGGGCGGCGCCAACCCCGAGCUGCGCGACAGCAGCGGGCGGGACGUGGUGCGGCUGGUGGAGGGGCUGCGGGGCAGCAUGCCGCUCAGCAUGGGCAGCGUGCAGCGCAGGCUGGCGCUGGAGGAGGUGGCAAACUGCCUCACGGACAGGCUGUACGACGAGGUGACCCCCGCUGCCGUACUCAACAUGCGCACCGGCCCCGACGGCAGCCGCGAGUUCCUGGUUGCCUUCCCCGCUUCCGACGGCCGCGACGACGAGUGGGUGCCUGAGAGCCGGGUGGGGUCGGAGGUGCUGGGGGACUUCCUGGCGGGGCUGGAGUACGCGAGCGCGGAGGAGGUGCUGGAUGUGGUGCAGGUCGGCACCGAGCGGCGCUUCAAAAUUAAGUGGGCGGAUGGCUACCCGACCUCCUGGGAGCCCGAGGAGCACGUGCCGCCCGAGCUGAUCGCGCUCUUCGCCUCGCAGCAGCCGCAGCUCUUCAGCCAGCGGACCAGUGCGGAGGCAGCGGCGCGCGCGGAGGCAGCGGGCGGCUGGGAGCAGCUGGAGGGGCAGGCGGGGGCGGAGGGGGAGGGAGCGGGGGAGGGGGAGUACCAGACGCAAGCCACACCGCUGGCGUACGGUCGCGGGGCGGCGGCGAAAGACGCGGAGGAGCAGCAAUCAGGGAGCUUGGAGGGCUUGGGAGGCGAGGGUGGAAACGGGGAUGGGAUAAGAGGGUUACCUCAGCAGCUGCGGGUGUUGCCGGAUCAGCAGCGGGAGACGGUGGGUUCAGCGAGGUAGAAGGUAGGGAAAAGUCGGAUGCAUGGGGUGUUGGGGCUAGGGAAUAAAAGAAUAGAGAUGGGAUGAGAUUGAGGGGCAAGGUGUGAUAGCGGAGGGUGUGUUAUGCGACUCGGUGUGGUGGUGAUGAGCGGCUGCACAGACCGCAGUGCCCAUGCCCGUGGACAUGCUAGGCAUUGAGGGGUUGGUGAGCACUGCCAAGUGCUGCGUCAGAGCACAGGAGCUCGUAGAGUAGCAUGGAUCGUAGUGUAGUACGGAUUUAGGAGGUCUUCCAUACCAUCGUACUGGAAUAUUAACCAGAGUUGGUCGCCAGGGAUGUGACGGUAGGCAAGUUGGGUGCUGCAAAGGACUGGGUGUCGUGUGCGCACGAGAGAAGAUAGCGGGAUGGAGGUUGAGCCGGACAACGGUUGGACUCUGGGGCGGUGUUGUCAUGUGAAGUCCUGCAAUUUUGAUGCCGAUUGCCGAAAUUGACGGGUUAUAAUCCCUCAUGACGGAACACGCUGGCUAGCGCUGCUGUGGGAGGACUCGUGUUGUAACAGGCCGCGAGUAUGUUGCUGCCCGAAGCUCUCACUGCUGGAGCAU